UUCUCCCGAAAUAGAAUCCCUCCGUUUGGUUCCUCCGUUUGGCCUGAACCUCUUUUUUUCCCUUUAUUCAAACCCACUCCCGCCUCCUUUUUAGCCGCGGAUCACUGGUCUCAUCCUCGUUUGCUCCUCUCGUUUAUCGUUCCUUCUCCUCUUUCCCCCCGCUUGCCAAACAACUGUUUUCGCCAUCCUUGUUCCUAUCGGAGUAGAAUAAUCAAUCACCGUUCCCCUCGUUUAACACCCCAAGCAUCCUCUCCCAUCCUCAUCACCCUAUCGCUUUCCAUCAUUGUUACCUCUCCUAGCGUCAGCGCCCAUCCGGGGGAAUCAAGCUAGAACAUGGCCUCCAACGACGACAAUUUGCAGACGGAUAGCCUGAGCCUUGGACACGACAAUGAGCGCUCCCUCUCUACCACUAUUGCACCUUCUCAAGCAUCCAAUGUGCAACCAGUACCCGCUCCCGUCUCGCCCUCAGCACCUGCAGAGAGCUCACAAAUUCUUGACCAUCAUGAAAGUACCCCUCAACAUGAUACAGUGACUGAAACGUCCGAUUCGCAGCCCGUCGCCGGUGGCGAAAGCGCUACCACAACGCAUUCACCAAGUGAUGCGAAUGCUCCCAACCAACCCCCUACUGAGUCGGGAGCCUCGACACUUGAGACGCGCCCUGCAGAGCAGCCAUCGCAAGAGUCUGAUGCAAAGGAAGAAGACAACGGCCCGUCUUUGGUGAUUACAUUGCUCUUGACGUCAGGUUCGCGGCAUCCAUUCAAGAUCGACGGGCAAUAUCUCCGAAAACGGUCGGUGAAUGUUGAAAACUACGAUCCGUUUGCUAUGAGCGUAUAUACACUCAAGGAGUUGAUCUUUAGAGAGUGGCGGCAAGAUUGGGAGCCGCGACCAUCGUCGCCUAGUUACAUUCGGCUGAUCUCGUUUGGUAAAUUGCUUGACGAUAAAGCCCCUCUAUCAGACUCUAAAUUUAACCACGAUGCCCCUAACGUGGUGCAUAUGACGGUCAAGCCUCAGGAGCUUAUCGACGAAGAGGAUGCAAAAGGUGCCAAGGCACAGUACACACGGGAACGCGAAGCCAGUGAACGCAGCCCGGGAUGCCGUUGCAUUAUCCAAUGAAAUCAUUGGAUUGAAUACUUGCACAUACAGCAGAUGAUGGGGGUUGUAUCCUUGCCAGCUCCGACAUAAACUGGACAUCCGGUACUGGCUAUUCUGCUCUGUCGUCCUCUACCCAAAUUAGCAGAGGCCCUGGCCAGUUGGUUUCCUGCUGGGUGCGAUGGGCUCAUAAUGUCGCAUUCCCCGUCCAUCUAUCUUGUCUUGGUUCUGUCCUCUUUUUAUUUGUGAGCGCUUUGGCAUGGCCAUCGCUUCGUG